UCGUGGCGACUGUAGCCUGGGAUUCGAGUGGGACUGUGUCUCGAGCGGUUUCGUCAAUCCAGACUUUCGAAAACAUCCGCAUGGCGAGCAGGAGCAGCAAUGUGCAGGCGCGGUACCGGCCUCCGGGGCGAGGGUGCGACGCAGGCGCAGUACCGACGCCGGCAGGGAGGGUGCGACGUAGGUGCGGUACCGACGCGAGCGGGGAGGGUGAGGGAUGCACAGGCGCGGAACCGACGCCGGCUGGUCCUCUGUCUGUCAGAAAAUCGUUGAGCUGCUGGGACAGAAUAAGGUGGACCAGCAGCAGAGACAGGUGGUGAUCCUGAGCCAGGACAGUUUCUAUAAGGUGCUGACUGCAGAACAAAAAGCCAAGGCUAGCAAAGGGCAGUAUAACUUCGACCAUCCAGAUGCUUUUGACAAUGAACUGAUUCUUCGUACCUUGAAAGAUAUCAUCAAUGGCAAGACAGUCUCAAUUCCUGUCUAUGAUUUUAUUAAACACUCUCGAAAGUCUGAGAUGGUGAAGGUAUAUCCAGCAGAUGUGGUCCUCUUCGAGGGAAUCCUGGUUUUCUAUUCCCAAGAGAUUAGGGAUUUGUUCCAAAUGAAACUUUUUGUGGACACAGAUGCAGAUACCCGGCUAUCCCGAAGAGUGUUGAGAGACAUCAACGAGAGAGGGAGGGACCUGGAGCAAAUUCUGACACAGUACACCACCUUUGUAAAACCAGCCUUCGAGGAGUUCUGUCUUCCGACCAAGAAAUAUGCAGAUGUCAUCAUCCCCAGAGGAGUGGAAAAUUUGGUUGCCAUAAACUUGAUUGUGCAGCACAUUCAAGACAUCCUGACUGGUGGUCUGACCAAACGCAAUAGCUGUGUGAAUGGACACACUGUGCCCCGAAUUCGACAUACAUCAGAGUCUAGCUCACGCCCGCAUUGACCCUAACAACAGACAGGGGCAGGAGCAGGAUCAGUAUUAUUCAGCUCCUGGGUCAUAGGUGGACUCAGUGUGUGGAUGACCAAGCUUCUUCUUCUUCCUCUUCUUACAGACUCAUUUAACGAUGGGCCAAUGGUUCUGUCUCACCACAUGUAUCUGAUGGAAUUGAGUUUUAGGGGCCUGUGUCCUUUUGUACAGUAAUGUUUCAAUAUGUACCCAGAGUCAGCACUGAAUGUCUCUGUCUCUGACACCAGUGAGUGGAUAUUGGUCCCAUGAUUGUGCUAAGUGUUGCGCUUCCUGCUAUAUUUUUUUCCCUUGUGAUUUGGGUUUGGUAAGUGGGACAGUUUGCAAAGCAACCCCUCUCCUCCCUGACCCACAUUGCUUGUGAUUUUGAUAUCCCCUUUUCUUGUACUGGAUUGAUUACCUUGACCUACUUUCCUCUGAGUAACUCCACAAGAUCUCAUCCUGAAGGUGGCUGUAUGUUAAUUUCUCCCCCAGGCUGUGUGGUUGAGAGUCUGCAUUGUGGUCACAGCUUUUGUUAAUUUUCAAUUCUGAAAUGAUGUCAGUAUUCCCUUGGAAACUUGUCUGAGCUGCUCUAAUCUGUACAGCAAGGAUAUUACUUUGUCAGUGUCAGCUUGAAUUCUCUGCAUGACCUGAUUUCAUCCCUUUUUUUUUUAUUGUCAGCUGAUUUCACUACCUGGGCUCUCUAAAUACUCCUGUCUUGUCUUCUAUGUGGUGCCUGCUGCUACUACAACUAUAGUGUCACUGCCAAGUGAGGUUUAUACCUUUUAAUCCACUUCUUAAUGCCUAAAAACCAUGAGAAAUAACCCCAAUAUUGACAUCAAGAAAUGUGAUUACACUGUUGGAGUGAAUUAUUGGGAGGCCCUAAGGUUGUGAUUAGUGCCACUUAUAAAUACCAGCCUUUUCUCAAUGAUACUACUGACCAGCAAGUCAGGAAGAGGAGGAGCCCAGUCUACAGUUCAAUGAGAUCAUAGCUGAUCUACACCAUGACUCCAUAAUCCUUUAGACUCUUGAUAGCAAACACUCUUGAUCUCUAAUUUAAAAAUUGAUAAUUGCACUCAUCUCAUACUUUUAUGUAAAAGUUUCACUUUUUUUUUAUUUUUUGUGUAGAAGUGUUUCAUAACUUUUUUUCUCCUUUCUCUGAGUGAAUUAUCUGGUUUUGACUUUUUUUACGGUUAUGUCUCCUUGUCAUAGCUUUGUUAGUAGAAAACAUUUACUUCUAUCUAGCCUGUCAAAUAUCAUCAAAUUUUCAUAGUCAUACAGCACAGAAAUAAACCCUUUGGUCUAACCAAUCCAUGCUGGUCAUAAUCCCAAACUAAACUAAUCCCACCUGCCAGCACUUUGCCCAUAUCCCUCCACACAUUUCUUUUUCAUGUACUUAUCUAAAUGUCUUUUUAAAUGUUGUAACUGUAUCCACAUCCAUCACUUCCUCAGGAAGUUCAUUCCACACAUGAGCCACUGUUUUUUAAAAAAAACAAAAAAAAUUGCCCCUAAUGUAUUUUUUAAAUCUCUCUCUUGCUCUGUUAUCUUUUUAAAAAUAUGCCCCCGAGUCUUGAUUUCCCACCCUAAGGAAAAGACACCUUUUUUACUUUUACCUUCUGUAUUCCAUGGAAUACAAGUCUUUUUUUAAUGUAAUUUCUCAUGACCUAACCCUUUGAAGUCUAACAUCAUUCUGCUCAAUCUCUGCUAGUAUAGGGCAUUGUAUCCUUUUUUUUUUUUUGGGGUGACAGACUUGUCUUCUCUGACAAAUUCCAGCACCACCAUUCCCCCACUCACAUUCAAUCUCUCCCAGUGCUCUGGGUGUGCUGAGUAUCUUUCAAUUUCACUUGCUUUGUGUACCUUCGCUCACCCAAAAGGCUGUUAAUUGAGUUAGGUCUACUCAGUAUUGGAGAGAUAAUGGUUGAGCCCCAGCCCUUAUCACCAAGGCCCAUUGAACAGUAGGCAGGAGCAUUUGCUGAUUUACACUUUCCUGAUCCAAGACUGCUCAGAUGUUUGAUUCCAGGUGCUCGAUGUAGUCAUUAAAUAAAAAGUAGCUAUUUUUGAUCAUAUCUUGGAUUUGGCUGAUCCAAUUCUGUGAUUGGGAGACUCUCCCAAAUGCUUGGAUCUCCCUGGUUUCCUGUCUCUGAUCUGCAAUGUCUGUGUGGAAUGUGCAAUUACCUGUAUUGCUACUCUUUAACAGGUUAACCGUCACUCCUUGAAAAUGAUGCUCCGUUUCACUUUGUAUGUCAGUGAAACCCAAGCUGGAAGAAUCAAUAUCAAUGUGGGCCCUCUAUGAUCACAUUUUAUUGGAUGUUAAUUGCAACUAAAGUUGUUUAAAAUGCUGAAAUUCAGAAAAUGAGCACAUAAAGUAUGUCUCCAGUUCAUUGCUGGUGGAGUUCCUUCAUCUCUCUGUUUAACCCUGAAACCCACUGGUGGGAUUGGUGAUCUGUAUGAAGUGGUCCAUUGCAUAAUCUGCCUAUGGUGUCAUCUGUACUUAUUUCAUGUUUGGUGAUGUAAGACGACAUUAAUCUUUCAACACAAAAGCAAACUGUUUGUGAUACCAGCAGAUGGUCAUGCUGGAUGAGUUAAAUUCCAGUAUGAAACAUGGCUUGAUAGACCAUGAGUGUUUGUUUUUGCUGUUUGGUUACUAUGGAAGUUAGUCAUUUAACAUGGUCAAAACAGACUGCCGACGUACUGUUAACAAAAGAAUAUCAAAAUCUAUUUUGCACAAGAGAAAAAAAUUAUUGCA